AUGAGGGACUAUCGGCAAGGAAAACUGGUUUGGGCAGGCAAGGGCACGGAGCAAGGACCGCUGUCGGCCGCCGCUCAAGAGCAACCAACCGGGCAACCAUCAAGCAGCCAGAGAGGCACUCAGGACCCCUUGCAGCGGUACCACCAUUCCCACUCUGAAGACCUCUCAAAGUACAUAUAUCACAUAGGUUUCACUUCUUAUGAAUUCGAUCUACAGCGAAUCCUAUGGAUUGGACACUAUUACAACAUAAUAGAUCGGUAUAAGAGACCAAGUAACAGCUCAAGGCAGCUCAAACCCUCGACCUCGAUGUCUUCGACAUGGCAGGCACCAGGACAAUCAGAAGAACCUCAUUUGAGAUAUGGAACAGUGAGGUAA